UGGAGGGAGAGAGGUUUUACUUCACCCUUCAAUACAAACAGUACGCUGUGGGCUUCCCAACUUCUGCCAUGGAUUCUGCUCUCUCGUUUCCAUUCGUCCCCAAGAAGUAUUUCUGAAACUGUCGAGUCGGAGGGAGAAGAGGCGUCGACGUCGGAAUUUUACUGUAGAAGUAGAAACUAUGGCAGUCGAUACCAAUUUGAAUUUCCAAUCUCUGCUCGAGAGUUUGAAGGUUGAAGAUCCAUGGCUUCCUCCCAGAACUUGGGAGUCCAUCCCUUCACAAUGCCAAAAGGCUCAAUUCCCUCCCCAUACUGCUACUGGCACCUCCUCCUCUUCAGUGUCCGAAGCAAGCUUGGUUAGAUUGGCUAUGAACGCACUGCAAGGAUUAGAGUCAGCACUUAUCAGUGUGGACAAAUUAUCUGCUGCCUUUUGUUCCGAUCCUUCCGACAGGACAUUCCAUCAAAUUCCAUCUCUAUGGAAUCGCUUUUCAAGUACGCAUGCUUUAGGAAAGAUACUCAGGUCUAUUGGAUGCGUUGGUUUUUUAGUUUUCCUGCUUCAUAAAUUCGUAGAUCACUUCACUGAAUUGGGUAUGGACGAAACAUUUAAUCAGACGAGUAAUCAACCUAAGCUUGAAAAAUGUGAAUGUAACGACAACAGUGAAGUGGGAGGGAGAAAAUGCUCACGGAAGAGUCUUGUUAAUCAUGCAUUUGCAGUUGCUCUGAGAAAGAUUUUGGAAGGCUAUGCGUGUGCACUAGAUACGUUGCAUGCUUCUGUAGGUCUGAGAAGAACGUCAAAAGUGCUUGAUGUGCCUCUUCACGAAUCAUCGGUGGAAGGAUGUUUAAUGAACGUGGUGCAUUCCGAAAUAACGUUAUUGGAGAUGUACCUUCACACAAGGGAAUUGAGAAUUCAGAUUGAAGUACUUGGAAACAUAUGUAACUUGCACGAUAUAGCUAAUUGCUUUUCGUUGUUGCCCCUUCAAGACCUAACUGAUAAGGCGACCUUUGAAAUUUGUAAGUUUUACUGGGGAGGAGACUUGCUGACGUAUUUGUAUACCCAAUUACAGGUUGCCGAUCCUGUUCACUGUGCCGUACUCAAGUUUCUGUUCCUCCGCUCAUGUGAACCAUAUUGUGCCUUUAUUAGAUCAUGGAUAUACAAAGCUGAAAUUGUUGAUCCUUAUGCAGAGUUUGUAGUUGAAUAUGUUGACCUUAAAACUCCUAACCUCAAUACUGCUGCGAUCUCCAAUUUCCCACUAGCAUGUACAAGGGAGAGAGAAGGAGUUCCCAUUCCUUGUUUCAUAAAGGAAUUAUUGCUUCCACUUCUCAGAGCUGGCCAACAGCUUCAAGUACUAGUGAAAUUACUUGAAUUGGGUACUUCUGUUGCCACUGCAGAAUGUACUUAUGAUGACUUUCUUCCUUGUUGGACUGGAUUUUCUAGUAAUCAUGUGUGCUUUGAACCUGUAAUCUCUUUCAGCAAAGAAAAUGUGGAGGCCAGGGUUACUGAAAGGGACAUUUAUUAUGAAAGGAUGCAGAAAAAACUUGAAAAUCUUCUGACGAGAAUAGAGUUCAGAUAUGAACAGCAGGUGGCUCCAGAUGAUGCAGUAUCUAUGUUCUUUGCUAAUGUUGGAGGAAGAAUAACUGCACCUUUGUCAAUUAAAUCAGAAAAUAGCCUUAUUGUUCCAGAAGCGGACAGAAGGAGCUCAAAUAUGUUAAAAGAGAGCACAAAUCAUGAUGACUCUAGUAGUUCUUUGGAUACGUCUGAUGUUGCAGUGGAGGACACGUAUGAUUCCUCUGGAUGUACAUCCUCAGUUAGUUGUGAAGAUCAAAUUGAGUUUAACCAAAGGAUUGAGCCUCAUGAUAAUACGAGUGUGCUAAAGGAAAAUCAUUUUUCUUCUUUAACCUUCUCCAAGAGUCCUUUGAAUAUAAAUUAUUUGGGAAAGGAUCCUCAAUUUGAAGGAGCAUACCAUGUGGGAAGUGUUUUGGAUGGUACUCUUACAAAGAUAGAUGAUGUAAACUGUGUCGUGCAUUCACAAAAUAAUGCCUUGAAUUCAAGUAAUACAUCUUUGCAUUUUGACUUGGCUGAUUGGUCAUGGAAUUUUGAUGUCACCUGUGCCGAUUAUUCUGAUAUGCAUUCCUUGGAUUUUGAUGUAAAGAAAAGCAGAAGUUAUGGAGUCAAUAUUGGAGAAAUAUCUCUUUCUAGGAAGAGGAUUGACGUUACCAGUGUUGGGCAGGAUGCCUCAUUUAACAAUCAACUUGAUAAGAUUCCACGUGCUUCUAUUUUCAGUAUGAAUCCAAUGGUAACCAGACAUGCUUUCCUUCCCAUGAGGAGUAAGCCUGAUCAGAGACAUGCUAGUGGCUUUGGUCAAUCUUUCCCUUUCUUUGAUUUUUCUGUUGUAGAGGAUCCAUGUAGGGUAUGCACAGAAGAGAUACUACCUAGUUCUGUAGCUGAAUCAUUAUGCGGUGGGAACUCUCAAGGUCCUGCUACCAAUGGUAAAAGUAGUGACUCUAGUGAACGAGCAUGUGGAGGGGAUACUUCUCUGGACAAUACUAUUUCUUACAAUGGCAAAGAAGAUAUUUCAACUAAUGUUUCUGGUGGGAGGAGCUGGGAAACUAUACUUUGUACCGCAAGUAAGAGAACUGUUGAUAAUGGUGCUGAAGAGCAGAGGCUAUCUUAUUCAGGAUUGUUUGAGUUGCCCCUUGAUUUCGUUAUUCACAAAUGCUUAAUACAAGAAAUAAUCCUUCAAUAUACUUAUGUCAGCAAGUUAACCAUAAAAUUACUAGAUGAAGGAUUCGAUUUGCGAGGGCAUCUUCUAGCAUUGCGGCGAUACCACUUUAUGGAAUUAGCGGACUGGGCAGAUUCAUUUAUCACAUCUCUGUGGAAUCAUAAGUGGUGUGUCGUGGAGGCAGGUAGUAAGCUUCAAGAGAUUCAAGGUUAUCUUAAAUUGUCCGUUCAAAAGUCGUCGUGUGAACACGACCACAACAAGGAUAGAUUAUUUGUCUACAUAAAAGAACAGUGCACUCUGCCUCUUUCCAAAGCCACCAUUGUCAUUUUGACGCCUGCCGCAUUGGAAAUAUAUGCUGAGAUUUUCAGUUUUCAUGUUAAAGUGAAGCUUGCUGUUUUUUCUCUGACCAAAGUUUGGUCCUCUUUGAAGGACAUGGUUCUCUUUGUCAGUCAGAAUCGCCAUUCCAAAGUUAUUAAUCAGGAAACCAAGCAUCUUAAUGUUUUGGUGAAGACAAGGCAUGAAGUCAAUCAUUUUGUGUGUGUACUACAAUAUUAUGUGGAAUCUCAAUUGUCACAUGUAUCUUGGUGUAGAUUUCUUCAAUCUCUUCAACUUAAGGCAAAGGAUAUGAUGGAUCUCGAGUCGAUGCAUAUGGUUUAUUUAACUGAUGCACUACACACAUGUUUCCUGUCUGAAGAUACACAAUCCGUGGCUGGUAUCAUUAAUCAAAUCUUGCAAUGUGCUCUAGAUCUCCGAUGUUGUUUUACUGGUGAUACGUGGAAUCCUCAAGUUGAUAAAGCAGCUUUUUCGAGGAGACUUUCUUGGAUCAACAAGUCCCAGGUACUUGGCGUAAAGAAGAGAUUUGAGAGAAGCAUGAAGGAAUUGCAGCUAUGUUAUCUGAAGUCACCUAAGCUUGGAAAGUUUGGGGUUUCUCGAUUCUGGGAGUAUCUCAACUACAACAAUCACUAUUGUGAGAGGGGUAAUGGAAUGAGUUAGCAUGGUUUGUGAGUGUAAUGGUAGAUUUGAAAGCAUAGGAGAGAUGGGCGGAAUGUUGGUAAUUAGUUCUUGUAUUCGAGUGGAGUAAUGUUUCAUUCUGUUUUUGGAGCGAAGUGCAGAGUGCACAGAGGAUGAAUGGUUUGCCAGGUGGCGCAGAGAAAGGUGAAAAACAUGGCUGGAGUUGGAGAGUGAGCAACGCGUCAUACAAGAAUACGAAGGGAAUGGUGUGACGUUGAAGGAAAGGACAUGUAUAUAUAUGAUUUAAUAUUCAUAUCCUGUGUGUGGGCAGUGGCAGUGUGGCACCGCUUCCCCUACCACGAGCGUAUUAUCCAGUAAGCAGCACAAUGGAGAAACAGAAAGAUGGUCUAGUUUUUGCAGUGAAUCAAGAGAGGUUUCAGCUCUCGGCCUCUACUAUUGACCCUUCCGUUACUCUGCUCCACUUCUUGCGCUACCACACUUGUUUCAAAAGUCCCAAGCCUGGCUGCGCUGAAGGUCUCUCUCUCUCUCUUCUAAUUGUUAAUUGCGUUAACCAAACGAUGAAGUUUCGGGAGUUACGAAGGAAACCUCGAGCUCAUAUUGGUACCUGCCUUGUGCUUGUCUACGGUAUCUGUUUUUAUGGCUAUUACAGUCGCCGCCAAACAUGCCUUGGUUUCCUACUA